GAAACAAUUAAAAAAUAUUAUUAAAUCAACAACAUCAUCAACAAUAUCAUCAAUAAGAACAUUAAAUAGUAGUAAUAUUAUUAAACAUAAUAAUAAUGUAUUGAAUAUCGGAUUGAAUCAACAUCAACAUGAUGAAUAUCAUACUCAAUUAAUUAAUUAUCAACCAUUUACAAUGGAACAAUUAAUUAAAAUUCCAAAAGCAGAACUUCAUAGACAUUUAGAUGGUAGUUUAAGAAUUGAAACAAUGAUUGAUUUGGCUAAAAGAAAUAAUAUUUCACUUCCAUCUUUAGAAAUUAAUGAAUUAAAAAAGGCUUUAACAAUAUUUACAAGCAUUUUCACAUACAAUUCCUUUAUUACAAAUUCAAUUGAAAGAGUAGUUUAUGAAGUAUGUGAAGAUGCCUAUAAAGAUGGUAUACUAUAUUUAGAAAUAAGAUUUGCAUCAAUAUUACAUACUAAAUUAGGAUUAACAUUAACACAAGUAAUGGAAUAUGUAAUUAAUGGUAUAAAUUUAGCAGAAAAAGAAUUAAAUGGAUUUAAAUGUAGAUUAAUAGUUUCUGGAUUAAGAGAUUUAGAUCCACAAAUUGUUUAUGAAAUGGCACAAGUUGCAAUUAAAUUUCAAAAUCAUAAAGUUGUUGCUUUUGAUUUAGCUUCAAGAGAAUUAAAUUAUCCUGCUAAUUUACAUUUAAAAUCUUAUCAAUUAAUACAUCAAAAUUAUUUAAAAUCAACAUGUCAUGCAGGUGAAGCAACUGAUUCCAAUUAUAUACAUGAUUCAAUUAUAAAUUGUGGAGUACAAAGAAUUGGACAUGGUACAAGAUUAUUUCAAGAUGAAAAUUUAUUAAAAUAUGUGAGAGAUUGUAAAAUUGCAUUGGAAAUUUGUGUUACUUCAAAUUAUCAAACAAAGGCUGUUAAUUCUUAUAAGGAACAUCCUUUACCUUUAUAUUUUAAAUUUGGUAUACCUGUUUGUAUAUGUACUGAUAAUACAUUAAUGAGUAAUAUUACACUUUCAGAAGAAUUAUUUAGAAUUCAAAAUUUAUUUAAUUUUACAAAUGAUGAAAUUAUUAAAAUGAUUAGAAAUGGAUUUGAAUAUUCAUUUUUAACUUGGCCAGAAAAGGAAGAAAUGUUAAAUAAUUUUGAUACUUUUAUUAGUAAUAAUAAAUUUUAAUUCAAAUUUUUCAUUC